AUGUUUGGGAUUUCUUAUGGAGAAUUCUUUCUCUUGCUCGGGGCCACUGCUGCGCUAAUUGGACCCAAGGAUCUACCAAAAAUAGCUAGAACAGCAGGGAGAUUCGCUGGUCGAGCCAUUGGAUAUGUGCAGGUGGCUCGUGGUCAAUUUGACUCUGUUAUGCAGCAAUCACAAGCUCGCCAGGUCCACAAGGAACUUCAAGACACAAUGUCUCAACUUGAAGCUAUACGUCAUGAAAUUCGAAGCAUAUCUAUUUUGAAUCCUGGUCCAGUAACUCGGAGACUAGUGGAUAAUAUUGAUCAUACGCCUUCUACUAAUGCCAAUGGUCACCCUGAAAAUGUAGAUGCAGAGAAUGUACCAAAUGCUACCAUUUCCAAGGCUUAUACUGAACAAACAGCUGGAGAGAGCAUACCAACAGCUAAUAUUUCCAAGGUUUCUGGCGCAAAAGCCUCAGAUUCAUGCAAUAUGCACAGCCGAGCUACUGCUUACGCAAGAUUGGCUGAAUCCUCAGCCCUGAAAACUGGCUCGGUUCAAAGUGGGGCAGAUGCGGGGGAGCUGACCGGUGAUAUUGGUCUUUUAAAUGUUUUGCCCGUGUCUGCUGAAAGCACUGGGCUGUUGCCCAAUCGCCAAGAUGAUGUUAGUGGAUCUGACAUCGUGUUGGAAGCUAUACUGGAGGCUGAGGUGGCUCACAAUGCCAAAGAUUUUUUCUCGCAGCCUGAAAAUCAGAUCAAAUGCAAUGAGAGGUAG